AUGGUGCGCCGAGCAGUCGCAAUUCCGAAGGCAGCGAAGAAUUCCUUCGUGCCGCCAUCACAGCGCAAACAGGUCUUCCUGCCUGAAUUCGUCAUCUCUCUUGUCCGAACUCCCUUCCUCUCCCCCCGCUAUGCCCAGUUCCGCGUCCCCCUCAACUUCAACAAGCUCGACCUGCGCGACUACCUCCAGAACCUGUAUGGUGUCGGCGUCGUCAGCGUCCGAAGCUACAUCGAGCAGCAGCCCAUCACCCGUAUGACCCGGGAUGGACGGAACAUUGGACCAUGGCGGCGGCCGCAGGCGCAGAAGCGGAUGACCGUUGAACUGCGCGAGCCCUUCGUUUACCCCGAAGAGCCGAAGGAUCUAAGCCCGUGGGAGAAGAGCUCCUGGGAUGCCGGCGAGAAGUGGCAAAGGAAGAUGCAGAAGAAGCAGCAGGAUGGGCCCAAUGCGGCCGAGCAGCCCGAUACCGACCUGCGCAAGGCAUACGAGGAGCAGGCGAAGGAGCUGAAGAAGAAUACCGAGGAGUGGCGGCCAACCUGGAAGGUAUUGGGCCUGGACUUCGCGCAUAAGGAGGUCGCGAGGACAGGGAAGAGUUCUCCGGUCCCUAAGUGGCUGUCGAAGUCGUGA